UCUUCCUCCAAAGUCUGAAACGCCUCCACCUUUCCCCCAAGCCAAGUAUCUCCUCCUCCUCCUCCUCUUCCUCUUCUUCCUUGUUUGGCGAUCGCUGCGGCGGGCGGCCAUGUGGGUGGAGAUACUGUGCGGCCUGGUGGCCUACAAGCUCAUCCGCACCAUCUUCUUCUCCGGCGACGGCCUCGACCAGCUCGCCGACCUCGACUCCUCCCACUCCGAUCUCUGCUUCGCCGUCGCGUCCAGGCUCGAGAAGCUCUACGGCGGCCGCUGCUUCGUCGGCCUCCGCAUCCCCGACCCCGACGCCGGUGCGCGCCAGCACGUCGACGUCGUUCUCGUCACCAAGAGGGAGGUUAUGGUGGUGGCAAUAAAAAAUCUCUCCGGUUUUGUUGAGGUCGACAAGGAUGGCAACUGGUACACUGAGAAGAAGCGCAAGCAGGAGGUUAUACCAAACCCGGUUGUUGAAGUCAAUAGAAUAGCUACCAAUCUUCAAUCAUACUUGGAGCAGAGGGGAGCAGCACUGCCUAACGGGAUUGUAAGCGGAAGAGUUGUACUGCCAAAUCCCAACUGCAGGCCUUCAUACACUAUUAAUCUUCAACCGGAGGUUAUCUCACACGAUCAAUGGAAUGAUCUCAAGGCGGACACAAAAGGUGGAGUAUCGACAUGGAUUAAAGGUGCAUUUAGUGGAAGCAAAAGUGACAUCCAGGACUCGUUACUCCAAACCCUAUAUUCUAUUCUCAGCACGUCGCCUAUGUGGGACAGGUUGGAACUCAGAGGGGACAAAAAUGUCCUUGGUGAAUUCAUGGAAUUUAAAGGCAGACAUGAAGACAUGCAACUCUUGAAAAAACUGAAGAGAUCAAAAGUUAGCCGAUUUGUCAUCCAGAAAUCAACUCUUUUUGGAGGUUUUGGUAGGUCACGAGUCCAAAUCCUGUAUUCUCCUCGAGAUUACCGAGCUGAGGGUACUUCAUCUUCAGAAUGGAAAGAGAUUUCUGUGAAGCAGUACACAGAGAUUGUUUUUCAUCCGUUGCAGUCGAAAAAGGUCAAGAAAUUCAAGUUGUCAAGUGUUGCCUCUGUGACACUGAGUGCCUAGGAAGUUAGAAGUUUUACGAAUAGAUUUUAGGGAGCUAUGUAUCUCUUGAUAUAAACUUCCUGGCCGUGCAGUGUGCACCCCGGAGGAGAUGUGUUUCUCUUUGCCUCUGUACAUCCAUCCGUAUUUCAACGUCUUGGUGUAACGGUACAUGAAUGAUAGGAAUGGAUUACUGGAAUAUGUUUCUUGUUGUUGAGAUUUA